UUAUGUACUUAAUAAAAAUACUCUGCAAUUGUAUACUUAACUGGUAUACUUAAAGUCUGCUAAAUUGGAACAUCUAAUUUUGUACUUAAUGCACUUUAAUUGUGCGGAAGUAUUGCAGAAGUCCAACUUUGUGCUAAAGUGGAACUAUUGCAAGUACACUUUAAAUAUCUUGCAUUUAUUCAAAGAUCAUACAGUCCUUACUAAUAGUGACAUUAAAACACAUUUUAGGCUUAAUAUUAAGAAAUGUGCAUUGUGCACAAGUAGUACUCCAAAUAAAGUUUAAUUAUAGGCGAUUUAAAAGGGAUAUGUCAGUAAAUAUGUUAAUAGAUUUAAACUAUACAUAGUAUGCAAUAAAUGUAUUUUAAAUAUAUUGCUUUUUUACUAGGGUUACCUGACUGACUCUCACAGACUGAUGUUCUGACUGAUAACAGGCGCGCGACCGGUCCAUUACAAAUGACGUCACUCAAAGAGCGCGCUCUCUAUCUCUGGCUGCCCAGUAGUUGAUAAUGCUAGUGUUUACUGCUUACUUUUAUUAACUGUAGUCUCCUGCUUUUGUUUUCAAGAAGAGAAAAGCUACUUCAAGAACUAAAAAAUGACAUCUGGAUGCAUUCAUGUGUGGUAAAAGCUCUCCAUCAUGUCAGAUGUGGUCCUGUGGGCGUCAGUAUCACACAGUGAUCACAGUUCACACCUGCAGUGAAGCUCCUCCCACAACAAUUCACCAAUAAAUACUGGGAAUAUUCACAUCAUCCUACAAGAGAAGGACAAACUCCAGGUGUAGCAGCUGAAAUCUGUGUGACUGUUAAAGAUGGAGUUUAUUAAAGAGGAGAUUGAAGACAUGAGUGAUCCAGAACCAUCCAGAAUAAAACAUGAAGAUACUGAGGAACAAAUAGAUGUGGUCCUGUGGGCGUCAGUAUCACACAGUGAUCACAGUUCACACCUGCAGUGAAGCUCCUCCCACAACAAUUCACCAAUAAAUACUGGGAAUAUUCACAUCAUCCUACAAGAGAAGGACAAACUCCAGGUGUAGCAGCUGAAAUCUGUGUGACUGUUAAAGAUGGAGUUUAUUAAAGAGGAGAUUGAAGACAUGAGUGAUCCAGAACCAUCCAGAAUAAAACAUGAAGAAACUGAGGAACAAAUAGAUGUGGUCCUGUGGGCGUCAGUAUCACACAGUGAUCACAGUUCACACCUGCAGUGAAGCUCCUCCCACAACAAUUCACCAAUAAAUACUGGGAAUAUUCACAUCAUCCUACAAGAGAAGGACAAACUCCAGGUGUAGCAGCUGAAAUCUGUGUGACUGUUAAAGAUGGAGUUUAUUAAAGAGGAGAUUGAAGACAUGAGUGAUCCAGAACCAUCCAGAAUAAAACAUGAAGAUACUGAGGAACAAACAGACUGGAUGGAGAUGAAACCGAAAAAACAUGAACUGAAUGAAACGGACGAGGAACAGCAGAGCAUCAAAACUCAAAGAACAAAAUCCAAAAAGGCAUACACCUGCUCUCAGUGUGGAAAGAGUUUCAGUCUAAAAGCAAACCUAAAGACACACUUAAGAAUUCACACUGGAGAGAAACCGUAUACAUGCACUCAGUGUGGGAAGAGUUUUUCUGAAGCAUCUGGUCUCAGACAUCAUCUGCUCCGUCACUCUGGAGAAAAACCAUUUAACUGUGAUCAGUGUGGUAAAGAUUUUAAUUCGUCAUCAAAUCUAAAACAACACCUGAAAGUUCAUUCAGGUGAGAAGCCUUAUGUGUGUUCUCUCUGUGGAAAGAGUUUUUCAUGGCUGUACAGUUUUAAACAACACCAGAAAACUCAUAAUGAAGUGAGAGAUCAUGUGUGUUGUGACUGUGGGAAGAGCUUUACUGCCCCCGCCCAACUGAAACGGCACCAAAGAAUUCAUACUGGAGAAAAACCUUACAAGUGCUCAUACUGUGACAAGAGUUUCACUCUGACUGGAAACCUGAAAUCACAUGAGCGAGUUCAUACUGGAGAGAAGCCGUACCACUGUACUCAGUGUGAGAAGAGUUUUUCUCGUACAUCAGAUCUCAGACAUCAUCUGCGCAUUCACUCUGGAGAAAAGCCAUUUAACUGUAAUCAGUGUGGUAAAAAGUUCAUUUCGUCAUCACAUCUAAACAAACACCUGAAAGUUCAUUCAGAUGAGAAGCCUUAUGUGUGUUCUUUCUGCGGAAAGUGUUUUUUAUUGCUGAACAGUUAUAAACAGCACCAGAAAACACAUAAUAAAGUAAGAGAUCAUGUGUGUUGUGACUGUGGGAAGAGCUUAACUACAACUGCCCAACUGAAACGGCACCAAAGAAUUCAUACUGGAGAAAAACCUUACAAGUGCUCAUCUUGUGACAAGAGUUUUGCUCAGUUUGGAAACCUUAAAUCACAUGAGCGACUUCAUACUGGAGAGAAGCCGUACCACUGUACUCAGUGUGAGAAGAGUUUUAGACGUUUAUCAAGCCUUCACACUCAUAUGAAUAUACACCGAUCAGGCAUAACAUUAUGAUCACCUUCCUAAUAUUGUGUUGGUCCCCCUUUUGCUGCCAAAACAGCCCUGACCCGCUGAGGCAUGGACUCCACUAGACCCCUGAAGGUGUGCUGUGGUAUCUGACACCAAGAUGUUAGCAGCAGAUCCUUUAAGUCCUGUAAGUUGCGAGGUGGAGCCUCCAUGGAUCGGACUUGUUUGUUCAGCACAUCCCACAGAUGCUCGAUUGGAUUGAGAUCUGGGGAAUUUGGAGGCCAAGUCAACACCUCAAACUCGUUUUGUGGCACCAUUUCUGUUUUGUGGCAGGGCACAUUAUCCUGCUGAAAGAGGCCACAGCCACCAGGGAAUACCAUUUCCAUGAAAGGGUGUACAUGGUCUGCAACAAUGCUUAGGUAGGUGGUAUGUGUAAAAGUAACAUUCACAUGGAUGGCAGGAUGCAAGGUUUCCUAACAGAACAUUGCCCAAAGCAUCACACUGCCUCCGCCAGCUUGCCUUCUUCCCAUAGUGCACCUGGUUCCAUGUGUUCCCCAGGUAAGCGAUGCACACACACCCGGCCAUCCACGUGAUGUAAAAGAAAAUGUGAUUCAUCAGACCAGGCCACCUUCUUCCAUUGCUCCGUGGUCCAGUUCUGAUGCUCACGUGCCCACUGUUGGCUCUUUUGGCGGUGGACAGGGGUCAGCAUGGGCACCCUGACUGGUCUGCGGCUAUGCAGCUCCAUACACAACAAACUGUGAUGCACUGUGUAUUCUGACACCUUUCUAUCAGAACCAGCAUUAACUUCUUGAGCAAUCUGAGCUACAGUAGCUCGUCUGUUGGAUCGGACCACACGGGCCAGCCUUCGCACCCCACGUGCAUCAAUGAGCCUCGGCCGCCCAUGACCCUGUCGCCGGUUCACCACUGUUCCUUCCUUGGACACUUUUGAUAGAUACUGACCACUGCAGACCGGGAACACCCCACAAGAGCUGCAGUUUUGGAGAUGCUCUGACCCGGUCAUCUAGCCAUCACAAUUUGGCCCUUGUCAAACUCGCUCAAAUCCUUACACUUGCCCAUUUUUCCUGCUUCUCACACAUCAACUUUGAGGACAAAAUGUUCGCUUGCUGCCUCAUAUAUCCACACACUAACAGGUGCCGUGAUGAAGAGAUAAUCAGUGUUAUUCACUUCACCUGUCAGUGCUCAUAAUGUUAUGUCUGAUCGUUGUCUGUUGCAAGUGAGCAACAUUGGUUUCAUGUCAAAUACAUUCAAGUAAAUUGUGUGAGAUAAAAUAUUGUGCUUUUAGGAUAAACUCCAUAUCAUAUAGAUGGUUUUGUGUGUUGCCACGGUUACGCGCCUGGCCCAAAGUUAACUUCCGGUCUGUGUUUGUUGAACAGGUCUGGUAGUGACUUUGUCGCAUAUAAGUUUGACCAAGUACUUCUACUGAUAACCCAAAACAAUACAGGCUAGACAGAGACAUUUUAACUUGCUAACUAAUGUAAUUUACUUGUUAUUUAUUUUGCUUCUUAUCUAGAUGGACUCUGUUGUUAUUGAAGUCUACCUGAAGUUAAAUGAUGUAUAAAUUAAUUUCUUAGCCACAUGUUCUUUUUCCUCUCCUUUUCCUCUUUUCAUUCUUAUUCAUCUUUUUUUCUCAUUAGCAAAUUAUUAUUUAUUUCUCUGUAUUCUGAUGAUAAUAGGUGCAUUGUUGUUAAAUGUUUUGUUUUAUAAAUGUAAACUCUUUUUUUUCCAUCAAUGAAAAAAACUUGCAUGCCCUUCAAGUGCCACAUCAAGUCCAACAUCAUUGAAUAAAACUUCUGUUGCUUAAUGAAAAUGA